AUGGCUUUCAAGAAGGUGGAGCACAAGACACUCGCCAGAGCCUUGAAAGUUCUGACGCCGUCUACGAUCCUGCCAAGCCGUCAGCAGUUGGCCACUUCGUUGCUUGAUGCAAGCUACGAGGACUUCCGCUCGCGCCUGAUGCUUAAGGUGAAGGUCAAGAAGGUCACGUUGACAACCGACGGGUGUACCGACGUAAAUGGCAAAGCCGUCAUCAACUACGUCUUGCUCGCGGAGGAUACCACGAUUUUCCUAGAAUCUGUCUACACGGGUUCCGAGUCGCACGAUGCUCCCUAUCUUGCCUCUGACAUAUUACGUGUCAUGGAGCUGCUUGACUUCGUCAGCAUUGUCGCGGUCGUGGCCGACAACACUGCCACGAAUCAGCUGGUAAGGUCGACGCUUCAGCAAAAGAAGCCCAAGGUCUUCUUCCACGGCUGUAUUUUCCAUGCGCUGCAUCUGGUAGUGAAAGAUCUGGUUGGCCGGCUGCCCUGGCUAGGCCAGCUCGCAACAGAUUGCCGAAAGCUUGUUCGCUUCUUGAAGAAGACGGAUACGCGUUGGGGAACUAUCGAGCGCUGUUUCUCGACCAUUCAUGAUUCUGCGAAGAUUCUACACGCGUUUGUCUCGUCACGGGGAUUUUUACGCGCUCGGACCAAGGAGCAGAAAGCCAAGAGACGCCACGCGUACGACACGGUCGUGGCAAAAGACUUUGUCAAGAAGAUGGAAAAGGCGAUCGAGCUGCUGGAAAUCAUCUCCAAGUUCGAAAAAGCGUUCGAGACAAACACCACGCCUCCGUCCGACGUUUACCACGUGUUUCUCACCCUACCAGAAGCGUUCCGCAAAACGGAGAUGCCGAUCUCCGAGCUGGGCAAGAUCCAGCAGAUUCUCGACCAGCGCUUCAACUUCAUUUACGGGGACGCACAUGGCGUGGGCUACAUUCUGGAUCCUCGCUACCUUGGAAAGGGUAUGGAUGAAGAUACGCGCGGAAAGUGUCAAGGACUUCAUCGGAAUGUGGCACGGGGUCGACCGGGAGAAUGA